CGAACCCACUUGCCACUCACUUCCACCUGAACUUUGCCCUGCCUUCUCUCGACGACUCCCCUGUCCCCGCCGCCGCCGCCGCCGCAAAUCCCCUUCCGCGUCUGUCUGGCCUCUGGGGCUUCUAGGUUAGCGCGUGCGACCACCAUGGCCGAGGAGGUCCAGGCUCCACUUUCCGCCACCAUGGCGAAGGAGGCCCAGUCGCCGCCGUCCGCAACCAUAGCGGAGGCGACGGCGCCGCCGCAGCUCUUAUUAUUUAACUCCUUUACGAAGAGGGAGGAGCCAUUCCAGCCCCGGGUAGAGGGGAAGGUAGGGAUGUACGUCUGUGGCGUCACUCCCUACGACUUUAGCCACAUCGGCCACGCGCGUGCCUACGUCGCCUUCGACGUCCUCUACAGGUACCUUAAAUUCUUGGGGUAUGAAGUUGAAUAUGUCCGUAAUUUCACGGAUAUUGAUGACAAGAUUAUUAAGCGUGCCAAUGAACGCGGUGAAACAGUAACAAGCUUGAGUAGCCAGUUUAUCAAUGAAUUUCUUCUUGACAUGACUGAGCUCCAGUGCUUGCCUCCUACCUGCGAGCCACGGGUAACAGAACACAUUGAGCAUAUUAUAAAGUUGAUAACACAGAUAAUGGAGAAUGGCAAAGCCUAUGCUAUUGAAGGAGAUGUUUACUUUUCAGUUGAAAGUUUUCCUGAAUAUCUCAGUUUAUCUGGAAGAAAAUUUGAUCAAAAUCAGGCAGGUGCACGGGUUGCUUUUGAUACAAGAAAGCGUAAUCCUGCAGACUUCGCACUCUGGAAAGCUGCAAAGGAGGGUGAACCUUUUUGGGAUAGCCCUUGGGGCCGUGGAAGACCAGGUUGGCAUAUUGAAUGCAGCGCAAUGAGUGCUCACUAUUUAGGACAUGUAUUCGAUAUUCAUGGUGGGGGGAAAGAUUUGAUUUUUCCUCAUCAUGAGAAUGAGCUUGCACAAAGCCGCGCAGCUUAUCCUGAUAGCGAGGUCAAAUGCUGGAUGCACAAUGGCUUUGUUAACAAGGAUGAUAAAAAAAUGGCAAAAUCAGAUAAUAACUUUUUCACGAUUAGAGAUAUCAUUGCUCUUUACCAUCCAAUGGCUUUAAGAUUUUUCUUGAUGCGCACACAUUAUAGAUCAGAUGUUAACCAUUCUGAUCAAGCGCUUGAGAUUGCAUCUGAUCGUGUCUACUACAUUUAUCAGACUCUAUAUGACUGUGAGGAAGUGUUAGCUACAUAUCGUGAAGAGGGUACCUCUCUCCCAGUGCCGUCUGAGGAGCAAAAUCUGAUUGGUAAGCACCAUUCAGAAUUCUUGAAACAUAUGUCGAAUGAUCUUAAAACCACAGAUGUUCUGGACCGUUGCUUCAUGGAGCUGCUGAAGGCCAUAAACAGCAGUCUGAAUGAUUUGAAGAAACUGCAGCAAAAAAUAGAACAGCAAAAGAAGAAACAGCAACAGCAGAAGAAGCAGCAACAGCAGAAGCAGCAGCAACAGAAGCAACAGCAAUUGCAAAAACAGCCAGAAGAUUAUAUUCAAGCUCUGAUUGCACUGGAAACAGAACUUAAAAACAAAUUGUCUAUACUUGGUCUGAUGCCAUCUUCAUCUUUGGCAGAGGUACUGAAGCAAUUGAAGGACAAAUCAUUAAAGCGAGCAGGGCUGACUGAAGAACAAUUGCAAGAGCAGAUUGAGCAGAGAAAUGUCGCAAGGAAGAAUAAGCAGUUUGAGAUAUCUGAUGGAAUCAGGAAAAACCUUGCUACCAAAGGCAUCGCCCUGAUGGACGAACCUUCUGGUACAGUAUGGAGACCAUGCGAACCAGAGCGGUCUGAAGAGUCAUGAUUAGCUCACUGACUCAACAAGUGAUGGCGGUGUAAAAUGAGAUUUUUGCCUGAGGGCAGUUAUCGCAUUUUGAAGACUAACAAAAAUCGCCAUCUCUGGAUGUGGUAUUCUACAGGGUAGGGGUUCCAGGUUGACUCACCAGUUAAAACAUGCAUUUCUGGUUGUAUAACAAGCAAUGAACCCCAUAUAUAUACUUGACAGUUGACUCCUUUGGAGGUUUGGUUUUUAGUUUUGGAU